AUGGCUGCCCUCGGCGACGACUUGUUGUCGACGGUCAACAAGUUGCAGGACCUCGUCUUCAACACCAUCGGCAAUGAUUCCCUUGACCUGCCGCAGAUUGUUGUCGUAGGUUCUCAAUCUGCGGGAAAGUCAUCCGUAUUGGAAAACAUCGUCGGCCGAGAUUUCUUGCCCCGCGGCAGUGGGAUCGUUACUCGACGACCCCUGAUCCUUCAGCUCAUCAACGUCCCAGAAGACGAAGCCGAGCUCGACACCGUUCAUAUUCCGUACAGGAACCCGGGCGCGGCUCGUCGAGGCGAGUGGGCUGAGUUUCAUCACAUCUCCAACCGGCGCUUCAACGAUUUCGGUGAUGUCAAGCGGGAGAUCGAGAACGAGACCUCAAGGAUAGCUGGAAACAACAAGGGCAUCAAUCGCCAGCCUAUCAAUCUCAAGAUUUACUCGCCAUAUGUCCUGAACUUGACUUUGGUCGAUCUGCCAGGUCUCACAAAGGUGCCCAUUGGAGAUCAACCUACCGAUAUCGAGAAGCAAACUAGAAACCUCAUUUCCGAGUACAUAGCAAAGCCGAACAGUAUCAUUCUUGCUGUUUCACCAGCAAAUGUCGACAUUGUGAACUCCGAAGCCCUGAAACUUGCCAGACAUGUCGAUCCUUUGGGCCGAAGGACUAUUGGUGUCCUUACCAAGGUUGACCUGAUGGAUCACGGCACCAACGCACUUGACAUCCUGUCGGGCAGGGUAUACCCGCUGAAGCUGGGCUGGAUUGGUGUUGUGAAUCGAUCGCAACAGGAUAUUCAGGGUAACAAGCCCAUGGACGAGGCACUGAAGUCUGAGGCCGACUUCUUCAAACACCACCCCGCCUACAGGAAUAUCGCGAACCGAUGCGGCACCCAGUUCCUCGCAAAAACCCUCAAUACCACCCUGAUGGCGCAUAUCAGGGACCGGUUGCCCGACAUCAAGGCUCGCCUGAAUACAUUGAUGGGACAGACACAACAAGAGUUGGCAAGCUACGGUGACAUGCACUUCAACGGCAAGGAACACCGUGGCUCUCUAAUCCUUCAGCUCAUGACGCGUUUCGCGUCUUCCUUCAUCUCCUCGAUUGACGGUACAUCAACUGAGAUCUCCACUAAGGAGCUGUGUGGUGGUGCGCGGAUAUACUACAUCUUCAAUUCGGUAUUCGGUAGUGCGCUCGAGUCCAUCGACCCUACCUCAAAUCUCUCGGCACUGGAUAUUCGCACCGCCAUCAGGAAUUCUACUGGUCCCCGGCCAAGUCUAUUCGUGCCAGAGAUGGCAUUUGACCUUCUCGUUAAACCACAAAUCAAACUUCUCGAAAUACCAAGCCAACGGUGUGUGGAGCUUGUGUACGAAGAGUUGAUCAAGAUUUGCCACACAUGUGGUAAUAUCGAAUUGUCCCGGUUUCCGAGACUACAGGCCAAGCUUAUCGAGGUCGUCUCUGACCUACUGCGAGAAAGACUCGGCCCUGCCUCAUCAUAUGUUGAGUCAUUGAUUUCUAUCCAGCGGGCUUAUAUCAACACGAAUCACCCUAACUUCUUGGGCGCGGCUGCUGCCAUGAGUCACGUAGUCACAAACAAGCAGGAGAGGGAGAGGAAGCGUAUCAUCCAAGAAGAGAGAGAGCGACGUGAGCGCAGGCGACUCAAGGAACUCGGCGCCAAUGGCACUGAGACUCCGGAGGACGAGGAGACAGUUACUGUCGAGAAGACGGAGAUCAACGCCGUCCGCAAGUCAGCUGGCAAGGGCGCUCGAAGCUUAUCGCCUGCCGUGAGAGAGAACGGCGCUGGUGGCAUUGCAGCGGCCCUGAAUGGUACGAGAUCUGCUUCGCCGUCGCGUUUUGAGGCGAAAUCUAUUGGUGGUGCAAAGGACUCCUUCCUCAACUACUUCUUCGGCAAGGACGGUGUUGCACCUUCAGGGCAAGCUCCCUUACACAAUGCUAACAUUGGUCGACAUGUCAGCCAGAGCUCAGAGCCAUCUUUCAGUCAGAGUAUACGGGCGACCGAGACUACAUUGAGGUCUCCUACUCAGGCCAUCUCCCACACCAACAAUGACGACUAUGAUUUCACCAGAGAUUUCACGAGGAUACCUCGUGGUGCAGACUUCGGUAACAAUGGAGAACCUGCUCUUACAGACCGGGAAGCUAUGGAGACGGAGCUCAUUCGCGCCCUGAUCUCGUCAUACUUCAACAUCGUACGCGAGUCCAUCGCUGAUCAGGUUCCCAAGGCAGUCAUGCACCUGCUGGUGAACCACUGCAAGGACGUCGUCCAGAACAGGCUCGUUAGCGAGCUAUACAAGGAGGCCCUGUUCGAGGAGCUGCUGUAUGAGGACGACGGCGUCAAAAAGGAACGCGAGAAAUGCGAGAAGCUUCUGCAGACGUACCGGGAGGCCGCGAAGAUCAUCGGCGAGGUGAUAUAG